AAACAUGAAGCUGCCUUGUACCACAUUGGACCACUGGUCCAUCUGUCUCACUGGCCUGUAUCUUAUCUCUUCAGGCGAAUCUGAAGCCUUCCUCCAACGUAAGUGGCUCUUGCUCCUGUGGAAGAGCUCCUGAGGCUGGAGGAGCUUCCUCUAGCUUAAGGCAGAAUGCUGCCCAGGGUUCUUUGCAGCAGGAGUCUGCACCUUUUUAAGCCAUUGGGCACAUUUGGAAUUCUGAGACAGUGUGGUGGGAACAGCACAAAAUGGUUGCCACGGGAGGCAGAACCAGCUGCAAAAUGACUGCUGCAGCUUAACUUUCAAUCGCAUAGUGGAAAUCCUUGUGCUUUGGUGGCAGAUGCUGUCAAAGCAAUGUUUUUAAAAAUCUGCUCAGCCAAUCAGAGGCCUUGCCGGACAAAAGCUCCGCUUGGCCCCACCCACUUUCUAAAAACACUUGUCAGGCAACAGGAAAGGUGAUGGUAGGUGCCUUGGUGCCCAUGGACACCGCAUUGGGGACCCAUGGUCUACAGUGUGUGAGGAGUGUCUAGCAUCUUGGGCAGCAGAGAAAGGUCUUUUCCCUAAAUAUUUGCUAUCUGAGGCCUGAUUUAAAUGGAUAUUGGCUGAGACUUGUGCAUGGUGGAAUAGCCUCCUGCACAGGUCAAAUAUGGCCCCCGCAUUAUUAGCAUUUUGACAGAAGCAUAAGUUUAAACAGUUUGGUUUAGGCAGUCCAUCAGCUUUCUGGUCAACUUUCUGAAGUUGUUGUAAUCUUUGUUAUAUGUAAGUAUUAAUUGCUUGCUUUGAUGGCUACUGUGACUCAUCUUGUGGUAUUGUAGGGAAAAGAUAGACUAAAAGGGCUUUAAAUAUUUCAGCCCUUUUAUCUAAAUUAAUAGUAUUGGGAACUCAGUACACUCCUAAACAGAAUUAUGGCCUUGAAAGCCCAUUGGUAUUUACUGUCAGUCUUGUACUCCAGUCCUUACUUGCAUAUUAAUUGAUUUCAGUGGAAUUUAUGUUCCAAGCAUCCAUGCUUAGGAUUCAGCUGUAGUUUCCUGCCUGUCUUUUUUUCCUGAGACUUACCACUUCCCCUUCCCCUCGGGUAUGAUUGAUGAAUAAAUUUCCAUUAAGGAACUGGGGAAACACAGUAGUAUAAGGAACAAGGGAUUGUGAAAAGAGAACUACUUUACAUGAAUGACUGCAUGAAAAGUACUUUUAAAAGCAAAUUGGGUUUUUCAAAGAAGGAAAUUGCAUGUAAUCUUUCACUUUCAGGUUCUUUCUUUCUUUUUUUAAACAAUGGCCUGGAAGUUUGCACAAAACUACCUCCCAGGGUUCAGACUCGUCCCCUCCUCCUAUCAUAUUUCAUUAUGAAUAUAGCGGAAAGCAGCCCAUUCCAGUCUAAACUGAAGAGCAGCAGCAGCAGCAGCGAGAGCGAUCUGAGAUAUGACUUAUCAUGUGAGCUCUACAGGAUUGCUACCUUUUCAACUUUCCCCCUGAACGUUCCUGUGUCAGAAAGGAGCCUUGCCCGUGCUGGUUUCUAUUACACUGGCCUGAAAGACAAAGUGAAGUGUUUUAGAUGCGGCUUGAUGUUGGAUAACUGGAAGAAAGGAGACAACGCUUUGGACAAACACAAGCAACUGUAUCCAAGCUGCAGCUUUGUUCAGGGCCUGGCUUCAGCAAACAGUCUCAGUUCCUCAUUUCAUUCUGCCUUCUCGCCUCCAGUUACUUCAAUGGGGGCGAAGAUGGAUGUUGAAAGGAAAGCACCGAGUUUGGAUCAAGGUGGCUAUUUCAGCGGACGCUACACAAGUUUCCCCCAAGAUCCAGUAACAUCCAGGGCAGUGGAAGACUUGUCCUAUUUCAGACCCAAAUCUUUCAAUCGCUCUAUGAAGACAGAAGAAGCCAGACGGCGAACUUUCCAGGCAUGGCCCUUGACGUUUCUGGCACCUUCCGAUCUGGCCAAAGCUGGGUUUUACUACGUCGGCCCUGCAGACAAGGUCGCUUGUUUUGCCUGCGGUGGCCAGUUGGGCAACUGGGAUCCAGAGGAUAACGCCAUGUCUGAACAUCGGAGGCACUUUCCCAGCUGCCCUUUUGUGAAAAAUCUAUAUGGAGACCUGCCCGGUUUCUCAGUUGCUAACCUGAGAAUGCAAACACACAGCGCCCGUGUCAGCACAUUCACCAGCUGGCCAAUUACGAUUCCAGUCCGGCCACAGCAGCUUGCAGACGCCGGCUUCUAUUACGUAGGUUGCAAUGAUGAUGUCAAAUGUUUCUGCUGUGAUGGUGGACUCAGAUGCUGGGAGUCUGGGGACGAUCCGUGGGUGGAGCAUGCAAAAUGGUUUCCAAGAUGCGAGUACCUGCUUCAUGUGAAAGGGCAAGAGUUUGUCCAUCAGGUUCAAGAAAGAUACCCUCGCCUUCUUGAACAGCUAUUGUCCACUUCAGACAUACCUGUGUUUGAGAACACUGAUCCACCAGUCAUCCAUUUUGAACCUGGAGAAAAGCUUUCAGAAGAUGCGGUCAUGAUGAAAAACCCAGUGGUGGAAGCUGCUUUGGAGAUGGGUUUCAACAGAAGGCUUAUUAAGCAAACCAUUCAGAGUAAAAUCCUAACAACAGGGGAGAACUACAAGUCGGUAUAUGAUCUUGUGUCUGAUCUCAUUGCCACAGAAGAUGAAAGCAGGGAAGAAGAAAAGGAAGUACAGCUGGAGGAAGUGACAUCAGAUGAUCUAUCCUUAAUCCGAAAGUACCGGAUGGCACUGUUUCAGCGCUUAACAUGUAUGCUUCCCAUCCUGGAAAAGUUGCUGACUUCCAAAGUCAUAUCCGAGUUUGAAAACGAUGUCAUCAAACAGAAAACACAGACGCCUCUGCAAGCAAGAGAAUUGAUUGAUACCAUCUUGGUGAAAGGAAAUGCAGCUGCAAGCAUAUUCAGAAACUGUUUACAGGAAUGUGAUCCUCUCUUAUACAAAGAUUUGUUUGUGGAGAAGAAUGUGACAUACAUACCAACAGAAGAUGCUUCAGGGCUGCCCAUGGAAGAACAGCUGAGACGUCUACAAGAAGAGAGAACAUGCAAAGUCUGCAUGGACAAGGAAGUGUCCAUCGUCUUCAUCCCAUGUGGCCAUUUAGUGGUGUGUAAAGAGUGUGCACCAUCCCUUAGGAAAUGCCCUAUAUGCAGGGGUACAAUCAAGGGUACAGUUCGGACAUUUCUUUCAUGAGGGGCUGAAAGAUGCAACCAUGGUGGUUGCGAUACCCAGUCCAAGAGGUGCAGAAGAGGUGCAGAAUCCCUGCGUGAUGUUGCAGGAUAUCAUAGGCCAUACCUUUUCAAGCAAACGCUUCUUCCCUGGUACUCCAAGGGAUGUCCUGAAUUGCUUGUCCGAGUGAGCCAAGCCUUUUGCCACUAGACCAGUACAGUUUCUGAGCCAAUUUUGAUUUGGUGGGAACCAUCCACUUAGUUUGUUAUACUUAGCUUUCAGUUUACUAGAGCAAUAAAAUGUAUUGCUAAUGUUUACAAAAAA